CAACAACCUUCAACAAAGCCUUAAGAGCUUAUAAAACUAUAAUACUCAAGUUAAGAAUUUGGCUCCUCUGAAGCGUGUCAUAAUAUCAUAAACAUAUGAAUAAAAUCUUCCAUUAACUAGUCUGUCUGUAUUUGUUUUCAAGUAAUAAUUUUAUCCCCAGUGAUGGUGUUGGUUUUAGAUUGACAAAUUGCUAUUUUCCAAUUUCUUUUGACUGACAGGAUUGCAUUUGUCAAAACCUGUGCAGCAGAUAUUAGUAAUUUUUGCCUUUCCUGCUUUGAUAAAAUCUGUCACAUGACAGGAUGACAGUCUUAAAGAUGCUUAUCUGCUCUCUGUUUCCUCCAGAGCAUGCACAGCUGCUCAAAAUAGGUCAUAUCUAAGUCAGUCUAUCUCAUCAGAACAGCUUCUCUUAUUGAAUGUAUUUUUUCUACCUGUGUGUUUCGCUUACAUGUUUUUGCAGAUUUUUAUCCCACGGUCUUCCCCUCUGUCUCGUCAAGCUGCGACAAGACAUGGCAUACUCAAACGGGACAGACGGCGUGGGAAACAGAACCGACGAUUGCCCCCCCAUCGACGAGUUCCGUAACCAGGUCUACUCCACGUCGUACUCCCUCAUCACGGUGCUGGGGUUUGUGGGGAACGGCUUCGCCCUGAUCGUGCUGAUCAAAACGUACCGCCAGAUCUCGCCCUUUCACGUCUACAUGAUGAACUUGGCCAUGUCCGACCUGCUGUGCGUGAUGACUCUGCCUCUGCGGGUUCUCUACUAUGUCCGAAAAGGUCAGUGGGAGCAAGGGGAUUUCCUCUGCCGCAUCAGCUCCUACUUUCUCUACGUGAACCUCUACUGCAGCAUCUACUUCAUGACUGCCAUGUCCGUCACGCGGUUCCUGGCUAUAGUUUAUCCUGUGAAGAACUUGGGGGUGGCCACGGUGAACCGCGCUCGUUUUGUGUGUGUGGGGAUAUGGACCUUCAGCAGUUUCGCAUCUUCACCCUUUCUCAUGUCUGGUCAAUCCUUCGACCCAAAGUCGAACAAAACCAAAUGCUUCGAGCCACCGGAAUUCAACAGUGACCGUCUACCCAAGCUGCAGGCGCUGAACUACUUUGCUCUAGUGCUGGGGUUCAUCCUGCCCUUCCUGGUUAUACUAAUCUGCUACGCCGGAAUAGUCCGCACUCUGCUUUCUCGCAACCCGGCUGUCCGUCGACAGAAGAGCUCGGCUUCGAAAGCCAUCAGGAUGAUUGUCAUCGUCCUGCUGACCUUCCUGGUCAGCUUCAUGCCGUACCACAUACAGCGCACCAUCCACCUGAGUCUGCUUUCCACGACGAUGACCUGCGAUGACAAGAACUUCAUGCAUAAGUCCGUGAUGGUGACGCUGUGCCUGGCCGCCUGCAACUCGUGCUUUGACCCCAUGCUGUACUUCUUCUCCGGAGAGAGCUUCCGCAGUCGCCUGUCCUCCUUGCGCCACACGAUAAAAAACAGCACCAUACGUCGCCCGUCCAAGAUGAAGCACAUCACGAGCUCAGAGUUCAGGGAGAACCAGAACCAGGUCGAAGGCUUAACUCCGGCAUACCCGGCGGAUCUUUGAACAAGCAGAGGGUCUUUGGUUAAAGCAGGGAAUGAAAGCAACAUAAAAAACAUGAAAGGAAAACAAAGACAAACAUUUUUUACAACUGUUGCUGGGUUAAUGUACCGCAUGAGUAUUAAAUGUUCAGUAGGUUAUAAGACUAACGAAGACAGGUUUCAUUGAAAUGGAUAUUUAUUUUUCAAAAGAGUGCUUAUUUAAAUUAGUUAUAUAAUAUCAUACAAACAAUAAACAGCAACCUGUUGUACUUCAUAGAUUAGUGUAUGAUCAUAUCAUUGUAGGAAUGUGUCCUGGAUAAUGUUUUAACAGAUGCUUUGAACCCUGAGUGUCAUGAAUGUGUCUUGUUUCAUACAUAUGAAGGACAUGUGCCGUCUUUGUAAAAUACUGUGGAAGUAAACACAACGUCAAGACAAUAAAUCAUGGAGCUAAAUCAA